AUGUCCCCUCUCUUUCCCCCUCAAUUUCUCUCUCUCUCUUUAUCCCACCCUCUCUUUCUCCCACCCUCUCUUUCUCCCUCUUUCUCCCUCUUUAUUUCCUCUCUCUUUCUUUCUCCCUCCUUCUCUAUCUCCCCUCUCUUUUUCUCUCUUUCUCUCUUCCUCCCUCUUUAUCUUCUAUCUUUUUCUUUCUUCCACCUUCUCUAUCUCCUCUUUCUCCCUCUCUCUUUCUCUCUCUUUCUCUUUCCCUCCCUCUUUAUCGCCUGUCUCUUUCUCUCUCCCUCCUUCUCUAUCUCUCCUCUCUUUUUCUCUCUUUCUCUCUUCCUCCCUCUUUAUCUUCUCUCUUUCUUUCUUCCACCUUCCUAUCUCUCUUUCUCCCUCUCUCUUUCUCUCUCUUUCUCUCUCCCUCCCUCUUUAUCGCCUGUCUCUUUCUCUCUCCCUCCUUCUCUAUCUACCCUCUCUUUCUUUCUUUUUCUCCCUCUCUAUCAACUCUCUAUUCCCCUCGCUUUCUAUCUCUUUCUCCCUCCCUCUCUGUCUCCCCUCUCUUUCUUUCUCUCUGUCUUUCUCUCCCUCUCCAUCUCCCCUCACUUUCUCUUUCUUUCUUUUUCUCCCUCUCUAUCUCCCCUAUCUUAUUUUCUCUCUCGUUCUCCUUCCCUCUCUAUCUCCCCUCUCUUCCUCUCUCUCUCUUUCUCCCUCCCUCUCUGUCUCCCCUAUAUUCUUUUCUCUCAUUCUCCCUCCCUCUUUAUCUCCCCUCUCUCCCUCUCUCUCUCUCUCUCGCUCUCCAUCCCUCUCUAUCUCCCCUCUCUUCCUCUCUCUCUUUCUCCCCCCUCUCUAUCCCACUUUCUCUUUCUUUCUCCCUCCCUCUCUGUCUCCCCUCUCUUCCUCUCUCUCUCUUUCCCCCUCACUCACUCUCUUCCUCUCUCUCUCUCUUUCCACCUCACUCAUCCACUUCUCUUCCUCUCUUCCCCCUCCCUAUCUAUCUUUCCUCUCUUCCCCUCCCGCUCUCUCUCUCUCCCAAAUGCGAAACAGUUGAUAUUCUCAUUACUAUUAAUAUUUCACACGCUAACGCUAUCACACUCACUUAACUCUCUCUCUCUCUCUCUCUCUCUCUCUCUCUCUCUCUCACUUACUGUUUCACACCCUCGCUGUCUCCCUCUCCCUCUCUCUCUCUCUCUCUUUCUUUCACUGACUAACUUUUUACCUAUUUUUCUCACUUACGCACUCACUCUCUCAUUCAUUCACUCUUGCAUAAUCACUCACUCUCUCUUUAACUCUUUUUCUCAUUUACACAUCCUUCUUUUCACUUUCUCAUACACUGUGUCAGUAACUCUCUUCUUUUCACUCACUCACUCUUUCAUUCACAAUUCUUCUUGCCCUCUUUCAAUUACUUUUCCACGCUAA